AUGGUGCUGCCCCGCUCGGCGCUGUCCCGCAGGGUUCCUGAGGGUGACCCUGGGGUUGUUGCCCUGGGGGUGCAGAGCACCCACGUCACCCCCUCCACGCCCCGGGGUGGUCCCGCCCCCCCGGCCUCCGCAGCUCAGCCCAGCCCGCAGCCCAGCCCGACCCGCAGCUCAGCCCGGCCCGCAGCCCAGCCCAGCCCGCUGCUCAGCCCGGCCCGCAGCUCAGCCCAGCCCGCAGCCCAGCCCGACCCGCAGCUCAGCCCGUUAUUCCCUGAACAAACUACCUGCCGCCGGCGAGCCCUGCCCUGCUCACCCCGCGACUUCACCCAGACGUACCCCCCUGCCGGGAUCCUCGCCCCCUCAGCAGCACUGCCCGGAUCCUGCCCCCCGGAGCCUCCCGCAGUGCCGGGAUCCUGUCCCGGUGCCGGGAUCCUGUCCCAGUGCCGGGAUCCUGUCCCGGUGCCGGGAUCCUGUCCCAGUGCCGGGAUCCUGUCCCGGUGCCGGGAUCCUGUCCCAGUGCCGGGAUCCUGUCCCGGUGCCGGGAUCCUGUCCCAGUGCCGGGAUCCUGUCCCGGUGCCGGGAUCCUGUCCCAGUGCCGGGAUCCUGUCCCGGUGCCGGGAUCCUGUCCCAGUGCCGGGAUCCUGUCCCGGUGCCGGGAUCCUGUCCCAGUGCCGGGAUCCUGUCCCGGUGCCGGGAUCCUGUCCCAGUGCCGGGAUCCUGUCCCGGUGCCGGGAUCCUGUCCCAGUGCCGGGAUCCUGUCCCGGUGCCGGGAUCCUGUCCCAGUGCCGGGAUCCUGUCCCGGUGCCGGGAUCCUGUCCCAGUGCCGGGAUCCUGUCCCGGUGCCGGGAUCCUGUCCCAGUGCCGGGAUCCUGUCCCGGUGCCGGGAUCCUGUCCCAGUGCCGGGAUCCUGUCCCGGUGCCGGGAUCCUGUCCCAGUGCCGGGAUCCUGUCCCGGUGCCGGGAUCCUGUCCCAGUGCCGGGAUCCUGUCCCGGUGCCGGGAUCCUGUCCCAGUGCCGGGAUCCUGUCCCGGUGCCGGGAUCCUGUCCCAGUGCCGGGAUCCUGUCCCGGUGCCGGGAUCCUGUCCCAGUGCCGGGAUCCUGUCCCGGUGCCGGGAUCCUGUCCCAGUGCCGGGAUCCUGUCCCGGUGCCGGGAUCCUGUCCCAGUGCCGGGAUCCUGUCCCGGUGCCGGGAUCCUGUCCCAGUGCCGGGAUCCUGUCCCGGUGCCGGGAUCCUGUCCCAGUGCCGGGAUCCUGUCCCGGGCGAGGAGGAGUGA